UAUCUUUUAUUUCUCGGAUAUAUUGUAAUACCACAUGAUGUCUGAAAAAUAACAAUGAUUACGAUUUUAAUAUUUGUGCUUGCUGCAAGUGUCUAAACCAAAACAAGAUGGAGGUCACUAAAGCGAACUUUAAGGAGUGCUUAAGUCAAAUAGAAGAAGCUAUCAACGAAGCAGAUUUCCUCGCUAUCGAUGGAGAAUUUACAGGACUUCAUGCCAAGGAUGCUGAGUCAAUUGGAUCAUUUGAUACUCCUGAAGAGAGAUACCACAAGCUGAGGAAGGGUGCAGCACAGUUUUUACUUGUACAGUUUGGCCUAGCAGCUUUUAAAUAUGAUCCAGAGACAAAAAGUUACACAGCCCGACCGUUCAACAUGUAUGUAUUCCCACGUCCGUUCAGCCGCCAGGCUCCAGAUCGACGAUUUCUCUGUCAGGCUUCAAGUAUUGACUUCCUUGUGUCUCAGAAUUUUGAUUUCAACAAGUUGUUUAGAGAAGGUAUAUCCUACUUGACCCCACCACAAGAAGAACACCUGAAGGAGUCAAUCAAGAAGAGGAAUGCUGAACACGCUCAGCUGUCAUCUCCGGCCUUCACCAGUCCCCAUGGGGCAAGUGCUGGUCCCAACAAGGGGCCAGUAGAGGUCCCAGAUGAUCAGAAGGACUUCAUUGACAAUAUCUGUGAACAAAUCAAGGACUACAUCGCCCAGGCAACCAAGGAGCCCUUACAAUUGCCCCAGUGUUCGGCAUUCCAGAGGAAACUUAUCUACCAGACAGCCAGACUCAAGUACUCCAACAUCCACCUGGAGACGAAGAUUGGGGAGAAGAAGGAGCGCUACAUCGUGGUGACAGCUGUGGAUUGUGAGAAGGACCUGAGGGACAAGGAGAAGGCCAAGAUGGAGGCUGAGAUGGCCGAGGUGGAUGAAGCUAUUGGUUUCUGUAAAGUCACACAGCUGCUGUCACAGUCUGGCAAGCUGGUUAUCGGACACAACAUGCUGUUGGAUCUCAUCCAUGUCAUCAACCAGUUCAACUUCCCCCUCCCAGAGGAAUAUGAAGAGUUCAAGGCAAUGGUGAAAUGUUGCCUUCCAAGAUUGCUGGACACAAAACUGAUGGCCAGUACAGCUCCAUUCAAGGAUCUCAUCAUCAACACAGCAUUGGGAGAUUUACGCAGGACUGUUGAAGCUAAACCUUUUGUAAAGCCCCAGGUUGAUCUUCCAGAGGAGUUUUCCAAAUAUGGUUCAGAGACAGAGUUUCUGCACGAGGCAGGCUAUGACGCGUACAUCACAGGAAUUGCUUUCAUAGGCAUGGCAAACUUUCUUGGUACAUACCAGCAGCCCCCCAAAGACUGGAUCUCUCCACAGUCACCUCUCAUCGAGCCUUUUGUCAACAAGCUGUUCAUGAUGAGGGUCCAUGACAUCCCCUAUCUCAACCUGACUGGACCAGAUGUGAUCCCGGCGGCGAGAGAACAUGUGUUUCAUGUCACCUUCCCUAAGGAGUGGAAGUCACAUGACAUCGUCGGCCUGUUUGCUCCAUAUGGUGGUGUGUCCCUGUCAUGGAUCAAUGAAACUUCAGCCUUUGCUGCCCUGUUCAGGAAAGACAAUGCUCCUGCAGCUGUCCAAGGCCUGGUGAAGGGAGAAGAUGACUCUGUGAAGGUGAUGACAUAUGAAGACUUCAAGAAACAAGCAGCACAAUCACCAUUUUCUCUGCUGCCACGGAAACGCAAACAUACUUCUGAUGAUGCAGAAAAUUCAAAGAAACCCAGGAUAUCUCCAGCUGCAGAGUCAACGACAGGUCCGGAGGGGGGCGAAGUGAAGAAGGUGGAUGCUGGGAAGGAGAAGAUGGAGACCAACUCUGGAUGCGAGUCACCAGAUUCCUGCAGUGACAAGAAAGCCAAGAAGAUGUUUGAGGAGCCUGAGGUCUGGUAGACACACAUCCAUGUCACUUGAAGGCCUCAUGCAACAGGCAGCCUAUUCACACAGACACUUCAGGAAUGAGUUCUGGGGUCAUUCCAUUGUGCCAUCAGUUUUGGCUCCUCUAUACAAGGAGGAUAAUCUACAAGGCUCUACUGUAAAGUGCUUGUUCAAAUUAAGGAAUGACAGGUUUUGGAAUACAAGAAUGAACAUUUGUUAUUAUAUAUGGACAUUUUCUGUCAAUGUAAAUUGAAAGGUUACACAGGAAUUAUGAGAAGCAAAGACAAGGUUGUUAUAUGUGAUCUUCACAUAGAUUAUCGCACGGAGCAUGGCCACCGAGACACCAACAAACCCACAUAGUGUAGUUACCAGGUUCCUGCAACUCUGUAAAGCUGAUGGGAGUAAUGGCAGGCAUUUUACCUCAGUUUUAUUCCUGUACAAAAGUUAGACAUGUGUUUGUUUUUAAGGAAGCUCAGCUUUCAUGCAUAUAUAAUAUGUACAAUCUUUCUGCAGAAGUUUUUGAAAAUACUGACUCUGUCAUGUGAAUAGCAUUGACUCCAUGAAUCAUGUUUGUACCCACAUCUGUUGUUGAUCAGACCAUCUCUAAGUAAAUCAAUACAUUCACCAUA